UAACUUCAUUCAGCAGUGGUCGUGAGGUGCGCGCGAGCUAUUUCCAAAUAAGUCCAAAUAGAUACACAAUCCAGCGUGAUAACAGCCCUGGUGUGAUAACAGGUCACCUUUUUUCGAUUAGAGAAGAAAUUUUGUCAAAUUGAGUUUAGAGUUGAAGCUGAACACAACCAGAAAUGCUCCAAAGUGUCGUCAAGUUGCAGGCAUGUCGUUCAACGGCAGCUACGAGUCAGGUGUUGGCACGUUUUCGGUCCGUUCAGGCUCAACCGGUGUCGUCGACCUCGGAAGGUCACGGUGAAGUCGAGUACGCUAAUGCCCUGCCGUACAGCAAGAUUCCACGACCGAGCUUCCUGCAGAUGAUGGUCGGUUUCGCACCUGGAGGUCGUUACAACAACCUCACCUUCCCGGAUCUGCAUCGCAGCUUUCGACGGGAUUACGGUGACAUCAUGGUCAUGCCGGGACAGUUUGGCCGUAAGGAUAUGGUGAUGACAUUCCAGCCGGACGACUUCAAGAAGCUGUUCCGCACCGAGGGACAGUGGCCCAACGGGAUCACGCUGGACACCUUCGUGCACUACCGGAAGAACGUGCGACCGGAGGUGUUCAAGGGAAUGGGAGGGCUGGUGAACGAGCAAGGGGAGAACUGGCAAAGCUUUCGAACGAUCGUUAAUCCGGUGAUGAUGCAGCCGAAGACGAUUCAGCUGUACGUUGAUAAGCUGGACGAGAUCGCGAGAGAGUUCAUGGGAAUAAUUGGAGAAAUACGCGAUGAGAAGAAUGAGACGCCAGCUGACUUCAGUCAGUGGUUGAAUCGAUGGGCUUUGGAGACGGUUGGAGUCUUAGCUUUGGACACCCGGUUGGGAGUGCUAGGAAAGGAUAUUUCCGCGGAUACCAAGAGCAUCAUGACGAAUAUCCGAGAGUUCUUCGAGCUGUCCUACCACUUGGACAUCUUACCAUCGAUCUGGCGAUACUACAAGACACCAACGUUCAAACGCCUCAUGACUGUAUUGGAUGAACUCACGAGAAUAAUUAUGGCCAAGGUAGACGAAGCUGUGAUCCGGCUGGACAAGAAUCCGAGCCAAAACAGUGACAGCCAAAGUGUGCUGGAGAAGCUGCUGAAGGUGAAUCGCGAUGUAGCGGUUGUGAUGGCGUUCGAUAUGCUGCUGGCUGGAGUUGAUACGACCUCCUCCGCAACAUCCGGUAUUCUGUACUGCUUGGCAAAGCACCCGGAGAAGCAGGCAAAGUUGCGGGAAGAACUACGAGCGAUCCUCCCGAAUAAGGACUCCCCGUUGACGCCGGAAAACAUGAAGAACCUACCGUAUCUUCGAGCGUGCAUCAAGGAAGGUCUUCGGAUGUACCCUCCGGUAGCUGGAAAUGUGCGCCAAGCUGGGAAAGACAUUGUCCUACAGGGUUAUCAAAUUCCCAAGGGGACGGACGUCGCCAUGGCUUCGAUGAUCCUGCACAGCGGAGAAGAGUACUUCGAGCGGGGUAACGAGUUCCUACCGGAACGAUGGCUCAAGGAAACUUCAGGAUGUCCCAGCGGUAAGGACGUACAUCCGUUCCUGUUCCUGCCGUUCGGGUUUGGUCCGCGGACUUGCGUGGGUCGUCGAAUGGCCAUGCUGGAGAUGGAAAUGCUGGUAGCACGAGUUACGCGGCAAUUUGAGUACCGGUGGAACUAUGACGAGCUGAGGAUUCUGAGCACGCUGGUGCUGAUUCCGGAGAACGAGAUGAAGUUUGAGAUGGUGGAAGUGGAUAGUUGUAUCGACGCCAGCCAGCAACAUAUCGAAUACCAUUACGAGUGCGACGUUACGAUCAACUUUCAGCAGUUUCUCAAGGACGCUUUGCUGCUCACUAGACAGAGUUGGAUUCUUCUCCAGUCGGACUACAGCCGCGUCAACGUGGGACAUGAUGAUCCUGAAAUGCUCCAAAGUGUCGUCAAGUUGCAGGCAUGUCGUUCAACGGCAGCUACGAGCCAGGUGUUGGCUCGUUUUCGGUCCGUUCAGGCUCAACCGGUGUCGUCGACCUCGGAAGGUCACGGUGAAGUCGAGUACACGAAUGCCCUACCGUACAGCAAGAUUCCACGACCGAGCUUCCUGCAGAUGAUGGUCGGUUUCGCACCUGGAGGUCGUUACAACAACCUCACCUUCCCGGAUCUGCAUCGCAGCUUUCGACGGGAUUACGGUGACAUCAUGGUCAUGCCGGGACAGUUUGGCCGUAAGGAUAUGGUGAUGACAUUCCAGCCGGACGACUUCAAGAAGCUGUUCCGCACCGAGGGACAGUGGCCCAACCGGAUCGCGCUGGACACCUUCGUGCACUACCGGAAGAACGUGCGACCGGAGGUGUUCAAGGGAAUGGGAGGGCUGCCAAAGACGAUUCAGCUGUACGUUGAUAAGCUGGACGAGAUCGCGAGAGAGUUCAUGGGAAUAAUUGGAGAAAUACGCGAUGAGAAGAAUGAGACGCCAGCUGACUUCAGUCAGUGGUUGAAUCGAUGGGCUUUGGAGACGGUUGGAGUCUUAGCUUUGGACACCCGGUUGGGAGUGCUAGGAAAGGAUAUUUCUGCGGAUACCAAGAGCAUCAUGACGAAUAUCCGAGAGUUCUUCGAGCUGUCCUACCACUUGGACAUCUUACCAUCGAUCUGGCGAUACUACAAGACACCAACGUUCAAACGCCUCAUGACUGUAUUGGAUGAACUCACGAGAAUAAUUAUGGCCAAGGUAGACGAAGCUGUGAUCCGGCUGGACAAGAAUCCGAGCCAAGACAGUGACAGCCAAAGUGUGCUGGAGAAACUGCUAAAGGUCAAUCGCGAUGUAGCGGUUGUGAUGGCGUUCGAUAUGCUGCUGGCUGGAGUUGAUACGACCUCCUCCGCAACAUCCGGUAUUCUGUACUGCUUAGCAAAGAACCCGGAGAAGCAGGCAAAGUUGCGGGAAGAACUACGAGCGAUCCUCCCGAAUAAGGACUCCCCGUUGACGCCGGAAAACAUGAAGAACCUACCGUAUCUUCGAGCGUGCAUCAAGGAAGGUCUUCGGAUGUACCCUCCGGUAGCUGGAAAUGUGCGCCAAGCUGGGAAGGACAUCGUCCUACAGGGUUACCAAAUUCCCAAGGGGGUAAGCAGUUCAAACGGACGUUGCCAUGGCUUCGAUGAUCCUGCACAGCGGAGAAGAGUACUUCGAGCGGGUAACGAGUUCCUGCCGGAACGAUGGCUCAAGGAAACUUCAGGAUGUCCCAGCGGUAAGGACGUACAUCCGUUCCUGUUCCUGCCGUUCGGGUUUGGUCCGCGGACUUGCGUGGGUCGUCGAAUGGCCAUGCUGGAGAUGGAGAUGCUGGUAGCACGAAUUACGCGGCAAUUUGAGUACCGGUGGAACUAUGACGAGCUGAGGAUUCUGAGCACGCUGGUGCUGAUUCCGGAGAACGAGAUGAAGUUUGAGAUGGUGGAAGUGGAUAGUUGUAUCGACGCCAGCCAGCAACAUAUCGAAUACCAUUACGAGUGCGACGUUACGAUCAACUUUCAGCAGUUUCUCAAGGACGCUUUGCUGCUCACUAGACAGAGUUGGAUUCUUCUCCAGUCGGACUACAGCCGCGUCAACGUGGGACAUGAUGAUCCUGGAACACAACCAGAAAUGCUCCAAAGUGUCGUCAAGUUGCAGGCAUGUCGUUCAACGGCAGCUACGAGCCAGGUGUUGGCUCGUUUUCGGUCCGUUCAGGCUCAACCGGUGUCGUCGACCUCGGAAGGUCACGGUGAAGUCGAGUACACGAAUGCCCUACCGUACAGCAAGAUUCCACGACCGAGCUUCCUGCAGAUGAUGGUCGGUUUCGCACCUGGAGGUCGUUACAACAACCUCACCUUCCCGGAUCUGCAUCGCAGCUUUCGACGGGAUUACGGUGACAUCAUGGUCAUGCCGGGACAGUUUGGCCGUAAGGAUAUGGUGAUGACAUUCCAGCCGGACGACUUCAAGAAGCUGUUCCGCACCGAGGGACAGUGGCCCAACCGGAUCGCGCUGGACACCUUCGUGCACUACCGGAAGAACGUGCGACCGGAGGUGUUCAAGGGAAUGGGAGGGCUGGUGAACGAGCAAGAGAACUGGCAAAGCUUUCGAACGAUCGUUAAUCCGGUAAUGAUGCAGCCAAAGACGAUUCAGCUGUACGUUGAUAAGCUGGACGAGAUCGCGAGAGAGUUCAUGGGAAUAAUUGGAGAAAUACGCGAUGAGAAGAAUGAGACGCCAGCUGACUUCAGUCAGUGGUUGAAUCGAUGGGCUUUGGAGACGGUUGGAGCCUUAGCUUUGGACACCCGGUUGGGAGUGCUAGGAAAGGAUAUUUCUGCGGAUACCAAGAGCAUCAUGACGAAUAUCCGAGAGUUCUUCGAGCUGUCCUACCACUUGGACAUCUUACCAUCGAUCUGGCGAUACUACAAGACACCAACGUUCAAACGCCUCAUGACUGUAUUGGAUGAACUCACGAGAAUAAUUAUGGCCAAGGUAGACGAAGCUGUGAUCCGGCUGGACAAGAAUCCGAGCCAAGACAGUGACAGCCAAAGUGUGCUGGAGAAACUGCUAAAGGUCAAUCGCGAUGUAGCGGUUGUGAUGGCGUUCGAUAUGCUGCUGGCUGGAGUUGAUACGACCUCCUCCGCAACAUCCGGUAUUCUGUACUGCUUAGCAAAGAACCCGGAGAAGCAGGCAAAGUUGCGGGAAGAACUACGAGCGAUCCUCCCGAAUAAGGACUCGUUGACGCCGGAAAACAUGAAGAACCUACCGUAUCUUCGAGCGUGCAUCAAGGAAGGUCUUCGGAUGUACCCUCCGGUAGCUGGAAAUGUGCGCCAAGCUGGGAAGGACAUCGUCCUACAGGGUUACCAAAUUCCCAAGGGGACGGACGUUGCCAUGGCUUCGAUGAUCCUGCACAGCGGAGAAGAGUACUUCGAGCGGGGUAACGAGUUCCUGCCGGAACGAUGGCUCAAGGAAACUUCAGGAUGUCCCAGCGGUAAGGACGUACAUCCGUUCCUGUUCCUGCCGUUCGGGUUUGGUCCGCGGACUUGCGUGGGUCGUCGAAUGGCCAUGCUGGAGAUGGAGAUGCUGGUAGCACGAAUUACGCGGCAAUUUGAGUACCGGUGGAACUAUGACGAGCUGAGGAUUCUGAGCACGCUGGUGCUGAUUCCGGAGAACGAGAUGAAGUUUGAGAUGGUGGAAGUGGAUAGUUAA